AUGUGCCCACUCCUAUCCCAUGCAACCAUGGAACGUCUACUUUUUGCUUUCCUUGUUAUAGGAGUUAUCGCGGUUAGUUCUUGUGUGCCAGGAUUGCCACCACCGAAAGACAUUGGAACCGGGGAUGACCACGUGUCUGUUGGAUUAAUUACCGCGCUGCCCUACGACAACCGAACCUCUGAUAUGGAAACGAAGAUUGAAAAAUACGUUUCAAAGCUCGGAACACUCGAAGGAACUGUCCGGGUUAUAGACAAUUCUGGCCAACUCCAAUACAACUUCACCCUUUUAAACGCCAACUGCACCAAGGUAGAGCUCAAGCUUUUAAGCUAA